AUGAGCACCGAGGCCCCACCCACACUCCAGGAGCUGUCCAUGCAGAUCCUGCUAAGGAACCAGGCCUUGGCUGUUUCUUCUGUAGACAGCCUGCCUCCAGGACUCUUCCUUCAGCUCUUCAAGGAGGCCUUUGCCUGCAGAAGCACUGACAUCCUGAAGGCCAUGGUACAGGCCUGGCCCUUUCCCUGCCUCCCUCUGGGAACCAUGAUGAAGACACGAGACUUGAGAACCUUACGGAUUGCCCUGGAUGGGGUUGAUAUGCUGCUUGUCCGGCAGGUUCGCCCCAGGAGGUGCAAACUGCAAGUGCUGGAUUUGCGGAAAGAGCAGCAGGACGUCUGGACUAAGGGCUACAUGGCCAUUGCCAAUGCCUGCUCCGCAGAGGACUUAACUGAUCAGGGAGCAGCCAUUCACGGUGCAGGGAUGGUAGCGAAGCAGCCCAUGAGGGUAUUUAUAGACAUCUGCAUCCAUGAUCUAUUCUACGAAGAUGAAUUCCAAGCCCCCCUCCUGCGGUGGGCCAAGAAGAGAAAAGAUUUCCUCCAGCUGUGCUGUAUGAAGCUCCAUAUUAGGACAGGCUCCAUUUAUAGAGUGCAGGAGGUCUUGCAUGCUGUGCAGCUGGAGCACAUCCAGGAGCUGAAGGUGGAUGAUAUCUGGAAUCAGAGGAUCAUGAUGGAAUUUGUUCCUUACUUGAGCAGGAUGAGUAACCUUCGUGUAUUUUCCUUCAACCUGAUAAGAGAUGGAUUAUAUCCUUAUGGCCGACGAAACCCGUGCCGUAUUUCCCUAAUCAUCUAUCUCUUCAAAAUGAUGGAAGAGGCCAAUAGGCUCCGUGUCCAUCAUGACUUCUUCCCGUUUGGAAAACUGCACGAGGCACUCAGGAGCCAGACACCCUUGGAGAUCCUCUCUUUGAGGUCAACCCCACUAAAGCUCUCAGACUUGAGGCACCUGUCCCAGUGUCCCAGCACCAGCCAGCUCAAGUACCUGCACCUACAGGACUGUUCUUUAAAAGACUUGAGACUAGAGCUCCUUGGAGCUCUGCUAGAGACACUGGCUGGCACCCUGGAGAGCCUGCUCCUGGAGGAGUGUGAGAUCACCGACUCCCAGCUUGAUGCCAUCCUGCCCGCCCUGAGCUGCUGCUCCCAGCUCACCAUGUUCAGUUUCUUUGGCAACCGCAUCUCCAUGGUCACCCUGGAGAACCUGCUGAGACACACUGCCAGGCUGAGCCAGUUAAGGCGAGCACUGUAUCCUGCCCCUCUGGAAAGCUAUGACCCUGAUUGGGAUACUAUUGACAGUGAGAGAUUUGCCCAGGUUCGAGUGAAGUUGGGGCAGGACCACACUGCAUCCACUGUGGCCCCACCUGCCCUGGGUCACCUACAUGAAUCUGUGGGACUGAUGGCUUCAGCCUGGGCAUGUUCCUGCUGCAAGCAGUGUGGCACCCCACAACAGGACCACCUGGACACGAACACAGUUCUGAAUGUGCUCCACGGCACCGUGUGCUUCAGCUGCGUGGACCAGCUGGAGACCAAGGCCUGCAUCCUCAUGACACACAUGCACAACCAGCACCAGGUCAGUGCUGUGGCCAAGACCGCUGGCUUCCUGCACAUCCUGACCCCACCCUAUGACUCUGACCAUGACCAGGAAUGCCACUGUUACUGGAUGCUGGAUCCUCUCAGGCCCGAGGAGGCCUCCAGCUCCACCUGUCACCUACCCUGA